GUUGCCGGUUCAUGACUAGUCAACUCCGUCUCCGCCCCGCACUCAGCAAUAAGCAAUCGUGUCCAGUCCGAAUCCGCCGGGCCCGUCGUAUUUUGAAUGACCGAGCGGCCUAUAAUUCAAUGUUUAUCUCUCUCUGCUUGCGCAGAGAUUGAAGGUGAAUCGCUAUGUCAGUCAGCUGCGGACAUGAUUAUUCCUUGUGGUCACCGGCGUCCUCGUCCUCGUCUUCGUCGAGCUCGCCCAUUCACCCCGCGUCCCUGGUUGAUACGCAACUGCACUCUUCUGCCUUGUUGCAGCUUAUUGACGCACCUGUUUCACAUGCUUUCCUCGACUACAUCGCAGAAUACGUCGCCGAGGUCGUUGACUUCGCUCUAGGCUGUGAUGACCCCAAAAACGCCGAGCCCACGCGGGGCCGAUCAGGCCGCUGCACCACGCGCCUCGCUGACUUCGUAGCCCUCACGGUCAGCCGCGCCGAAGCGAGGACAUCCACUCUUCUGGUUGCGCUGGUGUACAUCGCACGCUCCCGCACGCACCUCGCGAUCUCCUACCGGCACGGAGCAGCCGAGCGCCUGUUCCUCGGUGCGUUGAUGACCGCGAGCAAGUACACGCAGGACAAUACGCUGCAGAACGUGCACUGGGCGCUCAUCAGCGGCGUCUUCGGCACAGCUGACGUGGGGUUAAUCGAGCGCGAGUUUCUGGCGGUGCUGGACUGGGAGCUAGGUGUCAGCGAGGAGGAGGUGGUCGUACAUUGGGAGGGGAUCAUCGGUGGCGGCGGCGUAGCUAUUCCCGAUAUAAACGAGGCGAAGCAUCACUCUCUACCGAGGUGCCACCGCCCACGGCAGUUUCGGCUGCACCAUCACCGGCAAUGGGCAGCGCCGAGCCGGAGCCGUCGAGCCCAGUUAGCGGUUUCGCCGCCGGGUCGAAACUGCCCACACCCGCGCAUCCCACUUCUCGCCCUGCUCCGGCUAUCAAUCACAAGCAUAUCGUCACCUGUGUGCUCUCCUGGCCGUUUGUGGGAUCGGGGCCUGGAUCGCUUCAUCCAUGGACACGCCCACUGUGUCUUUCCGAACGCGUUAAAGUGACUUUUUGACGGACAAUGGAUUUUCACUCCUAGAACUUUGGCGCGUUGAGUAUUUCACUGACCGCGGUGUAUCGAUCUUCUGCGACUAGGCAGCCUUACACCCGCCAGUCAUGGAAUUUUUCUGGUAUUUCCACGAUUGCGACGAAGCCCAGUUCCCCGUGGCUGGACACCGUUUCAAAGAUUGAACCCCGAGGUACUUACGAGAGAUAUCAAGUUCGAGAAUUUCAUUCAAGGACAGCUGCUCUACAACUGUGUACCCGCCGACUCGUCUGUACAUCCAAGACUCAUCCCGAGUCUGUGGCGAGUUGCUAUUAACAUUCAGGGUUUGAAGCAGACACACAGAUCAUCUUCAAUGAGAAAAAUCGCACUCAUUGUCUUACAUGAGGUGGAAACCAAACAUCUGGAGUCCUA